AUGCAAGCUACUACUAAGGCGCUCCAAGACAGAGAGGACUGUGAAAAUGAAGCCUUCCGUGCAGAACUUCAGCGCCGUGAAAAUGAAGCCUUGCAGGCGGAACUUCAACGCCGAGAUGAGGAACAAGCGCAACAAAAACCUCGCAAAAUGCCAUUUUGGCGCAAGGUGUGCUUGGUGAUCCUAGUUGUUGCUGUGGUCAGUGGUAUUGCUGCAAUUGGUAUAGCACUCACUGGUGGUGACAACAAUGAUGGACAAAUUGCAACUGUGGAUACACCGCCAGAAGCCACAAGUGACCCCACUGCACAAGCAAUUACCCUGGCUCCAGUCGAUAAUGCCACUCCCAGUCCUAUUAUGCACCAAUGUAUCUCAAGGUCUCCAUGUGGAUGGUCAAUGAGACAUGGAUUCCCAGCCAGUCGUUGUCGCAAUGAACGUGUACCUGACGCUUGA